UCAAAAAAAAAUAGUAGUAGUACGUCUCUUUUUCUCUCUCAUGUAAUUUCUACUAUAUAAUAAGAGCAUCUCUAUAUACUAUUGUAUAACCUGUCCGAGAGAGAAUAAAAGAACACCCAUUGUUCGUAUUUAAGAAAUCCCAUAUAUAAUGAUAACUCCUCGUCAAAAGAGUGUCUCAGUGAGUACAAUCUUCAAGUGUCUUUUGGUUUUGAUCAAACGUUCUAUCCAGUUCUCUUUUCUUGCUCUUUUCUAAUGAUAAAAUCUCCUUUCUGGUUAAUUUCACUUAAGUAAAAAAUGAAUUAAAGAGUAUUUCUUACUUUCAUAGGUCUCUAGCUAGAGUUUCUAUUAGGUUUUAUAUUAAUAAAUAAAUAAAGUCAAGACUCAAGAAGAAGAACUAGAUAUGGUGAGAACACCAUGUUGCAAAGAAGAAGGAAUAAAGAAAGGAGCUUGGACUCCUGAAGAAGAUCAAAAGCUUAUUGCUUAUCUUCAACUACAUGGUGAAGGUGGAUGGCGUACUCUCCCGGAGAAAGCUGGAUUGAAGAGAUGUGGGAAGAGUUGUAGACUGAGAUGGGCUAAUUAUCUAAGACCCGACAUCAAGAGAGGAGAGUUUACUCCCGAAGAAGACGACGCUAUUAUCAAGCUUCAUGCUCUUAUGGGUAACAAGUGGGCCGCAAUUGCAAAUAGCUUGGCGGGACGAACUGACAAUGACAUUAAAAAUUAUUGGAACACAAACCUCAAGAAGCGUUUAAAACAAAAAGGUCUUGAUCCAAUCACUUACAAACCGAACAAUCCAACCGGUUUCGAACCAGCAAACCAUAAACUCGGUUCAUCCGGUUCCGCAAGGCUUCUUAACCGGGUCGCAAAGAAAUACGCGGUCGACGUAAACCGGGAUCUACUAACCGGGAUAAUCAUCGGAAACUCCACAAUCAUCGCUGACGAUUCACAAAACUCAAGCGAUACUGAACAUUCAACGUCCACACUGCUCAAAACGGUGGCAAAACCAAGUGUUCCGGCGACUUCUCCCGGUUCUUUCUCCGAUGAUCUUGACGUAUUCUUUAGCAACGAAGAGAUCUCUGAUAUGUAUAUGAAUGUGGAUAAUGUUGGCCUUAUGGAAGAGUUAAAGGGUAUUUUAAGCUACGCCGGAGAUAUUAAAGAUUCGCCGGAGUAUAACGUAAGUGAUGAGAUGGAGUUUCUUGAUUCUUGGAACGAAGAAGAUGGUUUGGACUUGGAGAAUUGUUCGUAGGUUCGUUAGGUUCCAAGACUGGUGUCUUUGUUUGACGAGUGACGCGUCGAAAAUAAAAUCAACUACACGUUGGUUUUUUCUUUAAUCGAUCGUUCUAGUGUCGAUCGUCACGUGGAGAAAAUAGUGAGGUGUUGUAAUAAAUUUAAUAAUAACCGUGCGUUUAUCGUAAUUAUUCAAUAAAGAUGGUUUACUACUUAAA